UAGGUCAAAAUAAGACUGACGAAAACAUGUGCAAAGUCUUAGAUGUGGAAGAACUUGUUGGAAUAUUGUGAUGCUACUGACAUAAGUGCGCUGACAUAAUAAGUGACAAUGGUGAAGGAACAGUUCAGAGAGGCCGAUGUGGCCAAGAAAAUCUCCCACGUCACGUUUGGGAUGAUGACUCCCCAGGAGAUGCAGCAAGUAGCACACAUACAGGUGACCUGCAAGAACCUCUACAACCAGGAUGGAAGCAGGAAACCUGUGGCCUUCGGGGUCCUGGAUCACAAGAUGGGGACCAGUGAGAAGGACAACACGUGUGAUACAUGCGGCAAGGGCCUCGCAGACUGUACUGGUCACUAUGGUUACGUAGAACUGGAACUCCCUGUUUUCCAUAUUGGAUUUUUCAGGACAACUAUAACAGUAUUACAAAUGAUUUGUAAGAACUGUAGCCACCUACUGCUGCAUGCUGCUGAUAAGAAAUCAUUCCUGGAGGCUCUGAAGAGGCCAGGGAUGACCUACCUCCAGAAGAAAGCUAUGAGGAAGAAGAUCUACGAUGCUGCCAGAAAGGUGUCAAUAUGUCGGUCCUGUGGGACAUAUAAUGGAAUGGUGAAGAAAUGCGGUCUCUUAAAGAUUAUUCAUGAUCGUUACAAACAAAACAGGAAAGGAGGAGAGCCUGUUUUUACCGAGUUUGUUGGUUCAUUUCAAAGUGCAAGUGAAAGCAAUAAGGAGCUUGAAGGACUUUUGCCUAAAACACAGGAGGUGCUUAAUCCACUGUCAGUCCUUUAUCUGUUUGAGAGGAUACGAGAUGAGGAUAUUCCUCUGUUGUUGAUGAACCAGACAGUGGGAAGACCAGAAAACCUCAUUCUCACUCGAAUCCUCGUCCCACCUAUCUGCAUACGGCCUUCAGUUGUCUCCGACCUCAAGUCUGGCACGAACGAAGAUGACAUUACAAUGAAACUGACGGAAAUCAUUUUCCUGAAUGAUGUCAUUCAGAAACACCGUGCUACUGGCGCCAAGAUGCAGAUGAUCAUGGAAGACUGGGACUUUCUGCAGCUCCAGGUGGCGCUGCUAUACAACAGUGAGACGUCCGGCAUCCCGCUCCACAUGCAGCCAAAGAAGUCGAUGCGAGGGUUUGUACAAAGGUUGAAGGGCAAACAGGGUCGUUUCCGUGGAAACCUGUCUGGAAAGCGAGUUGAUUACUCUGGAAGAACUGUGAUCUCUCCUGACCCCAACAUGAGGAUAGAUCAGGUAGCAGUACCAGAGCAUGUGGCCAAGAUCCUCACUUACCCAGAGAAAGUGAACAGAGCCAACAUCAAACUCAUGAAACAGUUAGUGCUCAAUGGCUGUGACGUCCAUCCAGGUGCCAACUUCAUCCAGCAGCGUGACAACAACAUCAAGAGGUUUUUGAAGUAUGGAAAUCGUCAGAAAAUAGCCAGCAGUUUGAAGUUUGGUGACACAGUGGAAAGGCAUCUUAUGGAUGGUGACGUGGUUCUGUUCAACAGGCAGCCAUCCCUGCAUAAACUCAGUAUACAGGCAUUUUAUGCCAAGGUGAUGCCAAAUCGGACAUUCCGUUUCAACGAAUGCUGCUGUGGCCCCUUCAAUGCCGACUUUGACGGAGAUGAGAUGAACCUCCACCUGCCGCAGACAGAAGAGGCAAAGGCAGAGGCAAUCACACUCAUGGGGUCUAAAUCCAAUAUUAUCACACCCCGGAAUGGAGAACCACUGAUUGCUGCUAUACAGGAUUUCAUCACAGGUGCCUACCUUGUGACCCAAAAGGAUGUCUUCUUUGACCGAAGUCGUGCCUGUCAACUUGUGUCCUCCAUGUUGGCUGCCAAAGACAUGAAAAUCAAAAUUGAUCUACCUCCUCCUGCAAUCUGGAAGCCAUGCAAGCUGUGGACAGGCAAGCAGAUCUUCAGUCUGCUGAUGCGGCCAAAUAGAUCUUGUCCUGUGAAGGCCAACCUGAGGACCAAGGGCAAGAACUACACUAAGGAUGAGGACCUGUGCACAAAUGACUCAUGGGUGGUGAUCCAGAACAGUGAGCUGCUGUGUGGAGCCAUGGACAAGGCCACACUGGGGUCCGGCUCCAAGAACAAUAUCUUCUACAUCAUUCUGCGAGACUACGGACAAGAGUAUGCAGCUGAUGCCAUGUCCCGACUCGCUCGACUCUGUCCGGCAUACCUCUCUAACCGAGGGUUUUCUAUCGGCAUUGGUGAUGUGACACCUGGUCUGGGCCUGAUCAAGGCCAAGAACGCAUUGCUGGAUGAUGGGUACAGUAGCUGUGACAGCUACAUCCGAGACCUGGAGGAUGGCAAGCUCCAGACACAGCCAGGCUGCUCAGAGGAGGAAACGCUUGAGGCCAUGAUCCUGAAGGAGCUGUCUGUGAUCCGAGACCAUGCUGGGAAGGCCUGUUUACGGGAGCUGCACAAGAGCAAUAGCCCCCUCACCAUGGCCAUCUGUGGCUCCAAAGGGUCCUUUAUCAACAUCUCGCAGAUGAUUGCCUGUGUCGGCCAGCAAGCCAUCAGUGGCAAACGAGUGCCCAACGGAUUUGAGGACAGGGCUCUGCCUCACUUCGAGAGACAUGCCAAAGAGCCUGCAGCUAGAGGGUUUGUGUCCAACAGUUUCUACACUGGCCUCACACCGACAGAGUUUUUCUUCCACACCAUGGCUGGACGAGAGGGUCUGGUGGACACUGCGGUCAAGACGGCAGAGACUGGCUACAUGCAGAGGCGACUGGUCAAGUCGCUCGAGGACCUGUGCUUGCAGUACGACCUGACAGUCAGGUCGUCUACAGGGGAGGUGGUGCAGUUUGUGUACGGGGGAGACAGCCUUGACCCAGCCGCCAUGGAGGGCAAUGAAAAGCCUAUGGUCUUCAAGAGAGUCAUGGAUCAUAUCCGGAGUGUUACUAUGAGGGACUGUCACAGUGAUCCGUCCCUGACGGGGAAGCAGCUGCGUGACCUCUCCAGCCAGAUCCUUGAAGGGGAGGCUUGGCACGAGGUCAGCAAGGAGUUCAGGGAGGAGGUCAGGAAAUAUAUGGAGAAUUAUGCUGAGAAGAUCGACAAAACCCGGAGUAAACUUGUAACAAAACAGAAGUCAAAGAAAGGAAAUGUUGUGUACCAGGUGGAGAGGGUCACCAAGCUGCAGGUGAAGAAGAUGCUGGACACCUGUCUGGACAAGUACAUGCGGGCCCUCAUAGAGCCAGGGACGGCAGUGGGAGCUGUGUGUGCCCAGUCUAUCGGGGAGCCGGGGACACAGAUGACCCUCAAGACCUUUCACUUCGCCGGGGUGGCGUCCAUGAACAUCACGCUUGGUGUGCCCAGAAUCAAGGAGAUCAUCAACGCCUCCAAGUCCAUCAGCACUCCCAUCAUCAGCGCCCAGUUGGAGGUCAGCGACAACGCGGAAUUUGCCAGGGUUGUCAAGGGCAGACGAUAGAAAGGUCUCCUAUUUCAGGUGUCGGAGUACAUUGAAGAAGUAUUCCUUCCAGAUGAUUGUUUUAUACUCAUCAAACUAGACAUGGACAGAAUCAAACUGCUCAAGCUGGAGGUGACAGCAGACAGUAUCAGAGAUUCAUUAACUAAAUCCAAACUUGGGAUCAAGUUUCCUGAUGUCCACAUCUACAACACUGACCUCCUUUCGGUAUCUGCACACGAGACGUCCAAGUCGUCCAUGUACUACGUGGUGCUGCAGAACCUCAAGAAGCACCUGCCUGGCGUCAUGAUCAAGGGCAUCCCGACUGUGACGCGUGCUGUGAUACAUAUAGACGAGAAGUCUGACUCCCUCACACUGCUGGUGGAGGGAGAUAAUUUAUUGGAGGUUAUGGCCACUCAAGGGGUGAAAGGCACCGCCACAUUAUCUAAUAAUACAUUCGAGGUGAUGAAGACACUUGGGGUGGAGGCUGCUCGUUCAACCAUCAUGAACGAGAUUGUAUACACCAUGGUCAACCAUGGCAUGAGCAUCGACAUCAGACAUGUCAUGUUACUGGCUGACCUGAUGACCUUUAAGGGAGAAGUUCUUGGGAUCACCAGAUUUGGGCUGGCCAAAAUGAAGGACAGCGUGUUGAUGCUGGCGUCUUUUGAGAAAACUGCCGACCAUCUGUUCGAUGCUGCAUACUACGGACAGACAGACUCCAUCAAUGGUGUGAGUGAGUGCAUCAUCAUGGGAAUCCCGAUGACAAUAGGCACUGGCCUCUUCAAGCUGCUCUACAGAGCUGAAAAGAAGCCAGAACUAACCAAACGUCCACUCAUCUUUGACAACGACGACUUCCACAUUCCUGAAGCGUCUGCAGCGACGUGACAUUGACUUCUCCCCCUGUAUUGGUGUGAGAGAUGAGAUGUACCCAGUUGCUCUUCGUGAACAACCAUGUUACUGUUUUGUUAUCAGACUUAAUUCAGUUUAAUGAAUACAGUCACAGCGUGCUCAUAAUGAGAAUAUGACAAAAGGAAUAUUUGGAGAAAAUGAAAAUUACUAGUAAUUUGAAUCUGUAAUUCUUAAUCAUCCAAUGAAUGAUUUUGAAACUGGAAACAGUUACUCUUUGCAUUGGCACUAGUGAAUCUACAGCUGGAACACUUAAAUAUUGUGUAAUAAAUCGUUAUGGUGGUGUUUGAAGCUUGUCACAAUUCCUUCAGCUCAAUCUACAAGUACUUUAGCAUUGUCAGUUUCAAACUGUAAUGUAUGUACAGAAUAUACAUCAAUGUGGAGGAAUGAAAAUAUUUAAAUAAGAA